UAUAACAAGUUCUCAGUCUUUGGGAUCUUUCCAUUCACAGGACAUGGGCACUCCUGAUUCUUUGGGCAUGACACCUUUAGGAAGAAAAACUGCAGAGACUGGAAUCAACUUUACAAGUACUACGCGUUUCUCAAGAGGUUUGACGUUCAUCAGAACACACACUCUGUUUGGUCAGAGCCCAGCUAGGAGAAUAAUUCCACAAACAUCUUUGCUGCAGGAAAAUGCUGAUCCUCAGAAGAUAGCAUUCCUUCUACGCAAACAAUGGACCUUAUAUAGCGUGACACCCAUGUACAAAUUUUCUUACGGUAAUCUGAAGGAGUAUUCUAGACUUCUGAGUGCCUUUGUUGCAGCUGAAAAGCAGAAAGGACUUGCUGUAGAAGUGGGCAAUGAUCUUGGUAUCAAAGUGACUUUGUCCGCCCUUUUAGGACUGAAAGGUACGGAUCAAGACCAGGCUGCAAUCCUUGUCCAGAUUGCAUCAAGAUCUCAGCUUCCAGUUGAAAAUGCAGAAGACAGAGUGGUGUGGUCAGGCUGGUUCUGCUGUGUAUCUGGAGAUGAUUUUUUGGAAAAUGUACCAGAGGAUUUUACCUGUUUAUCUUUGUUCCUUGCAAAUGGAGCGGAGAGUUACACAACUAUAGUUGGCACUUGGUUUCAGAAGACCUUUGACUGUUGUUUCAGUCGUUUAACCAUCAGCCCACUCAAUCUUGCAUGGAUGGCUGCAAUGUGGACUGGGUGUGAAGUUGACAGUCAUAUGGCUGCAACAGAACUUGUUUUCUCUGUGCCCUGCCUUCCCCAGACUCUGGACAUUUCAUAUGCCAUACACCCUGAGGAUGCAAAAGCCUUAUGGGACACAGUCCAAAAAACUCCAGGGGAGGUUACUCAAGAAGAAGUGAAUUUAUUUAUGGAUUGUCUUUAUUCUCACUUCCAUAGACACUUUAAGAUCCACUUGUCAGCCACAAGACUGGUGAAAGUCUCCACAUCUAUAGCCUCAGCACACUGUGAUGGGACUAUAAAGAUCCUACAUAGCAAGCACUUAAUAGGAGUGUUGAUGCUGUUGACAGAGCUGGCGAUAUCACAGAUACAGUGAAACCUUGUGCUCUACGUCUGUUGGCCUUGAACUCAUGACAGAUGCUCUGCUUGGAUCAUAUUAAGUCCAUCUGCAAUAUAUUCAUGUUUGAGACAUCGACUGCAGAAAGCUGGCUUUCCUGCAGAUUUUUUUAGCCUCUUCACAAAAUGCCAGUCCACAAAGUGAAAGCAUUGUCGUUUCAUUUGACUUCAGUGGUUCCUGGACUGAAAUUCACAAUGGGUAAUGAAGCAGAGGCCCAUAGGAAGAAAAUAAUUUAGAUGCAUGUUUUGCUAUAAUAGAAUGGUCACAUCAAUAAAGUAACAUUUUGUAGUGGCAUCUAAGUAUUAUUCAUAGAGUCAGGCAUAAGAUGGAACAUUGCUCCUGCUGCAUAGCCUAUAGUGGUGGUUCUCAAUCAGCCCACCACUGUGCACAUGCAGCCUCCAUGCCAUAGAGAUAGUAUAUGUGUUGCUAUUGAAGUAGACAGUGAUGCCAACUCAGGUACUCUACUGCUCUUGAAUGUCCGUAUUUAAAUAUUUUUGAUAUUUGUGCAGUACCUGGCACUAUGACUUCUAGGUGCUACUAUAAUACAACAGGUACAGCUUGACUUUUCAGAAGUGGUGAGCAUUUGACAGUCCCCAUUUAGCCAUGGCUACAGUUGGAUAAAAAAAUACCUAAAUAUUGAUUGUUUAGAACAAUUUCCUAGUCCCAUUUUUGAAAUUUUCUGGCUUAAGUGUUCAUUUAAACAAAAGUACAUUCUAGUACUGAGAACAGAUACAAAGGUUGGCUGCUUGAAACUGUUCCUGUUUGUAGUGAGGAGUUCGAUUGUGAAAUCUAAUGACUUGCACUGAUGAUCAGUUUAGGAGAAAAAUUCUGACACUUAUCCCAAAAUUAUAAGUCUCACUGCUGCUCUGAUACCAAAAUCCCUCGUUUGCAUUACAAGAGCUGAAAUAAAUAUACUGAAUUUAAUACAAAAAUGUAAUACUAGCCCAUAUUCAGUCCAGCUUUGACUUACGUAGCUCUGAAAGAAAAUUCAAUACCAUGUACAGCAGACUUCCAAUAAUCUGGCACCUUUGGGACCGAGGGGGUGCCAGAUUAUCA